UUGAAUCUUUUCAUGUUUACUACAGUGUUAUCAAACCACCCCAAUACAUAAAAACCCUCUCAACUCAUUUGGCCUUCUCUUUUGAGAACUCACCCUAUUCCAUGCCCUCAAGCAUAAGAUGUCUGCGUUGUUCAAUGAAAUCCCACGAAAAAGUGUUGUUGGCGCUAGAAUCAUGCAAAGGGAUUCAACAGUUCAACCAAGUCCACGCUCAACUCAUGGUUUCUGGUCUCUUCCAACACCCUUUUCCCGCCAGCAGAGCCAUCAAGAAACUCUGCUCCGAUUCCAGCAUGUUCCCCCGCGCCAUUUCCCUAUUCGAUUAUCUCCAUCAACCUGAUGCUUUUCUCUGUAACACCAUCAUGCGAUUCUACGCUCGUAAGCCUGAUUUCUCUGCCGCUCUCAGUUUUUACUACCACAAAAUGCUUGCUAGAUGGGUCGACCCAAAUCACUAUACUUUCCCGCUUUUGAUCAAAGUUUGCGCCGAGAUUGGGUCUCUGCCAGAAGGCGAAAAGGGUCAUGCCCGUGUUGUGAAAUUCGGGUUUGAAUCGGAUGUAUUUACUCUGAACUCUCUGAUCCAUAUGUACUCGGUUUUCGGGAGAAUUGGCAAUGCCCAAUUGCUGUUUGACAAUAGUUUUAGGCUUGAUUUGGUAAGUUAUAAUUCGAUGAUUGAUGGGUAUGUGAAGAAUGGGGAAACCGUUGCUGCUCGUCAACUGUUCGAUGAAAUGCCUGAGAGGGAUCUUUUUAGUUGGAAUUGCAUGAUUGCUGGAUAUGUGGGGAUUGGUGAUAUGGAAGCUGCAACUGAAUUGUUUGAAAGAAUGCCUGCCAGAGAUGUGGUGUCUUGGAAUUGCAUGAUUGAUGGGUGUGCGAGGAUUGGGAAUGUUUCUCUGGCUCUUGAGCUUUUUGAUCAAAUGCCUGUGACUGUCAGGAAUGAGGUUUCGUGGAAUUCCAUGUUGGCACUGUACGUGCGCGUAAAGAAUUUUGAUGAGUGUUUGAGACUGUUUGAUAGAAUGAUGGAAAGAGGGGAAGCUAUGCCGAAUGAGGCUACCCUGGUGAGUGUGCUCACAGCGUGUGCAAAUUUGGGGAGGCUCAAUAUGGGCAUGUGGGUUCAUUCUUUUAUCAAAAGUAACAACAUUAAACCUGAUGUCUUACUUUCAACCUGUCUUCUUACAAUGUAUGCAAAAUGUGGGGCUAUGGAUUUGGCUAGAGAUGUUUUUGAUGAGAUGCCAGUCAGAAGCACUGUAUCGUGGAACUCUAUGAUCAUGGGAUAUGGCUUGCAUGGCAAUGGGGACAAAGCUCUUGAAUUGUUCUUGGAGAUGGAGAAGACAGGUCCGCAACCAAACGAUGCUACUUUUAUCAGUGUCUUGUCUGCAUGUACACAUGCCGGGAUGGUCAUGGAGGGUUGGUGGUACUUUGAUCUCAUGCAUCGAGUUUACAAAAUUGAACCCAAGCUUGAACACUAUGGUUGCAUGGUUGAUCUCCUUGCUCGAGCUGGUUUGAUGAAAAAUUCAGAAGAUCUUAUAAGAAAGGUCCCUGUGAAGGCUGGAUCUGCAUUAUGGGGAGCUCUACUUUCUGGUUGUAGUACCCACAUAGACUCGGAGCUUGGAGAGAUUGUAGCCAAGAGACUUAUUGAGUUGGAACCACAGGAUAUUGGCCCUUAUAUAUUGCUGUCAAAUAUAUAUGCUGCUCAAGGGAGAUGGGAUGAUGUUGAACGUGUGAGAUUGAUGAUUAAAGAAAAGAAAUUACAGAAAGAAGUAGCGUCCAGCUUGGUUCAUCUUGAAGAUUUUGAAUCUAAGUAUUUUGUUAAGAAUAAUUCAGUCUAUAGGAAAAGGAUAAUGUACUCAAUGCUGGUUGAAUUAGGAACGCAAAUGAAAUUAUCCAUUGGAGAUUCAGUUGAGGAAGACAAUUUUAGACCUAGAUAAAAAUUAGAUUCUCUAUAUUACAGGCUUUUGGGAGAGAAGCAAAGUGCAUGCUAAGGUAUGAGAUAUUGAAGUAAUGAUUAUGGAUAAGAAAAAUAUGUCAUAAUAGAGACUGCCAUUAAAGAAUGAUGUGUUGUGGAAUGGAGAUGUAAUGAUGAUGAAUUUGUAAGGUUGUGACGAAACAAAAGGAUUUAGUAGAUGCUGCAGGGUCCAGAUUGGUUCUCCCAAAGAUUUUGGAUCUGAAUUUUCUUGUGAAAGAUAAUUCAUUUAUUUGAAGAAGAAUGCCUAGCUCAGUGUCUUGCAAAAAUAAACGUCUCAGAUAUAAUCAUUACAUAAAAAUUCAGAGUAGAAAAGGAAUAUCUAUACGAUGAGUUGAAGACUGAAUGCAUAAAUAAAAUUUGAUCAACUUUGUUUCUCAAGUGAAAAUUCUUGCAAGGCAAGAUUGUCGGGUCCUACCCCGCAUAUGAAUUGGAGUUUUAAAGAGCGAGUUGCUGGUAGUAAGGACCAAGAAAUUCAGUUUAUGCUAAUAUAUUGUUAUCUGGUAUAAUGGCGGAAUCUUUCUUUAAUGCUGAGUGACAACUUUGAGCAUUUGGUUCCCCAAGUAUUUCCGG